GAGAGCGAGCUGCGCCUGCGCUCGGCAUGGCGGCCUCCAGGCUCCUCUGGCGGACAGCUGUUCUUCGGACCAGCAGGUGUGGGACUGUCAUAAGACCUGCUUCUGGCCUUCUGAGAUGGCAUGGUACCCUCUCUGUCGCAGCAGCGAGCCCACCAGAGGAUGACAUCAAGGAGAGACUUCUGUGCGAGCCGUUGAAGCACGCAGACUUUUUCAAUCUGCAGGAGCUCUUUUCUGUGCGGGAUCUCUUUGACGCUCGAGUCCACCUUGGCCACAAGAAGAGCAGCCGUCACAGAUUCAUGGUACCGUAUCUCUUUGGCUGCCGCCUGGAGCAAGACAUCAUUGACCUGGACCAGACAGCGAGGCAUCUCCAGCUGGCCCUCAAUUUCACGGCCCACGUCGCCUUCCGCAAAGGCAUCAUCCUCUUUGUCAGUCGCCAUCGCCAAACUUCCCACCGUGUGGAGACUGUGGCCAAGGAAUGCGGGGAGUUUGCCCACACACGCUACUGGCAGGGCGGCUUGCUGACAAAUGCCCCCAUCCAGUACCAGGCCGGGGUCCGCCUGCCAGACCUCCUCAUCUUUCUCAACACUUUCAACAAUGUAUUUGAGCCUCACGUGGCCAUCCGGGAUGCAGCCAAGAUGAAUGUCCCCACAGCGGCCGUGGUGGAUACCAACUGCAACCCCUCCCUCAUCACCUACCCAAUUCCGGGGAAUGACGACAGCCCCUUGGCCAUUGACCUCUACCUAUGGCUCUUCAAGACCACCAUCCUGAGAGCCAAGGAGAAGAGGAAGCACCUUGAGGCUUUAUUCCAGCUGCAGAAGAAGUCUGCCAGCCCUGCUUCCCCGCCCCAAACCCCAGUAGCUGGGGUGGAUGAGGAGAGUGACUCCUAGUGCUAGGACUGGGAAUGCUUUCUCAACACUUGAGAAUGUGGGGAUUUGUAGUCUCUACACACCUGGAGGACUGGACUUCCCAAUUCCUAGCCUCUGCUGCAAGGCUGGGGAGCAGAGGUUGCAGAACCCUAAUCCCCAGCCUCCCUUCCCAUUAAUUACACUUUUGGGGGAUGCUGGGACUUGUAGUUAAUCAUCUGGAAGACUAGAGGCUUCCACUCCCUUCUGUUCUAUGUUGACACCACUUGUUCAUUAUUUCCACUUCAGCCUUCCCUACACCUUUGGGUUGCCAUUUUUUAAUUAUAAAUGUCGUUGGACGCCGAACUGUACGCGGUGCACAAGAAUUGGCAGCUGAAGUGCUGGGGAGAAACCGUCUGGAUAGGUAUUUUAUUUUUCUGGUCUAUUGGCUUCCAUAUCACAACUUGGUAAAAGGAAACUGUCAAAAUGCCUGGAACUUCUUUACAGCAUGUCAGACUUGGGAUUGGAGGAGUCAGUAGGCGCAUUGCGACAACUCCUUUUCUGCUAAUUCCCUGGAGGGCAAUUUUCACCUUAAUUUGUUUGUUGAAGCCAUGUUUUUCCCAAAUUACACGUGUAACUCCAACUGGAGGGAUCAGUGCAUGUGUUGUGAGCAUUUAUCCAGCUGCGCUGCACACUUCCGGCUAGCUUGCUCACCUUCUGCAGGAGGGGGGGAGCAGUUGGAUUUUUAAGUGUGAAAAUGUUACCCCACCUGGAAACUCCUGGUUUGCAUCUCUAAUGAAUCUCAUUUAUGGCAAGAAAUCAAUUCCCUGAAAUAAUCUGAUUUCCUAGGAAAGUAUUUCUGCUUGUGAGGGAUCUCUUUCACUCUGAAGGCAGGAACUGCCAUUUUGUCUGUGUGUGUGUCCUGCAUUUCUUUAUUUUUUUAAAAAAGCUUUACUUUUUAAAGAUGUGCACAGCUUCUCUGAUGGCAAGAAAAAAAAUAUGGGUGGUCCUAUGACCACUUUUCCUCACCUACAAUUUUUUCUUUCCAUCUGAGAAGCUGUACAUCUUUAAAAAAAUAAUCAUGGAGCAAAUUCUGACUGCAUUGUGCAGGACAUCCAGAGUGUACAAAGGGAGGAUGUCAGCGAGUAGCCAAGUCAGACCAGUUUGCAUUUCUAAGUUGCCUGUGUUGUACUGUUUUUCAAUUCCAAAUUAGUAAUAAAGUCGAAUUUCUA